GUUUCUGGUUAUGACAUAAUUUUUAUCUAUGAAAUCAAUUUUACCAGUAUUUUGUAAAUCUACGUUUUUAUGUAGCACCUCCGGCAAGUUUGUCCGCUAUAUAUGUAUAGCUUAGGUAAUUUUAAAUGAAAGUUUAUCAUAUACUAAAACAUAGAAACCGAGAGUCAUAGUCUAAUGGAAUCUGUAUCAGGAUAUGAUUAUGUUUGCAGCUAAAACAAACACAUAAAAAUCUAUUGUUAAAUGAGCGUUCCUUGUCAUCGUUACAUUUUAGCUCAUAUUUCAUAUCAGCUGAAUUUCAGUUAACGAUUAGCAGCAACCUUUGUAAUUACGUAUAUAAUUGACAGACACAGAUUAAAAAGAUAUAAGAUUAAACAAGUAGAUACCAAAACAACAGAAAUGCAACUGUUGCAUGCUCGGUUUGAAUAUGAAGAUGAAUACUUACCGUUCAUGAACAGGCUCAACAUGAACCGAACAUGGAACAUUUUCAUUCAUGUCUUAUUAGGCGACCUGUGGUGCGCCACUUUUUCUGUUGGACUGAGUCUAUUUUCACGGACGGAAGUGAAAAUAGAAGUGAAAAUGAAUAGUACCGUCCAGGCCCUCUAGCCCCGGGUUGAACAGAUCUCACCAUCUUUACAUGUAACAAAUACCAAAAUACAAUUUAGAGAAACAUACGGCGGUGUAUAUGGAACUUUCUUUGAAAUGUUCUAGAAGGCAAUGUAAAAUUGUGCAUGUAAAUAUUUAAUGUAUGUACACAGAUGAUAAUAUAAUAAAGGCUAAAUAUAUGUUUCAACAAAUAUUCUUUUAAACUCAAUUAUUUUCCCUGUUUAUAUUUAUGAUUUUGUAUUUUGUGUCUUGAUGAACCGCUUUGUUUGUAUCAAGAAUGAUGACGUAGAAUUUUUAAAAAAAUGUUGCUUUUUAUUGACGCUUUUUUCCUGCCUGGUAGGUCGGAUGUAAAGAAUGAUGAUGGCGCUUAACAUAGAUCUAGUUUGGAAUGGCCUCAAGUAAAUGUUGACACUAAAAUCAAAAUGAAUGCUCCAUGUAUAUAUGACCCCUACUCUGUCGCUAAUUUCAGUUAAAAGUGUGUGCUAUUGUUUCCGUGAUGACAAUUAUUCAUUAUUUGCACAUAAUGAGAAUUAUUAUUAUCUUUUUUAUAAAGACCGAGUUACAAUGUAGUUGUUUCUACAGUGUAAGAUAAUUGUUUAAAUGUGUUUUUGAUAUACUGAAAUAGAUUUACUAAUGCGAAAAGCUUAAACGAAUUUAUUUAGCAGAUAAAGAUAGGAACAUACAAUUGUACAUUAAUGUUCACGAUGGGGAAAUUUGUGGUCAAAUUAAAAGGGUACAAAGAAACUGGCUGCAAAAUGGCAAUAUACGUCUGUAUUAUAUUACAACAGCGAGGCUGUGGCCAGCCGAAAAUGAAGUGGACGCAGGAUGAAAAUGAAGUUGAUCGGCGUAGUUGGGACUGAGCCGUUUAAGGCUUGAGGGCGUGGGGGAGGUGUAUCCUCCAUCUGUAAGUAGAUAUAGAAGAUAUUCCCCAGGAAGAAUAUGAAAUCAAGACUGAAUAUCGUAGAAUUUGACGUACAUUUGGUGGCUUACUCAUGUUCAUAAACACAUUUUUGUUUUUACAUUUAUAUUAUGAGUUGUGUCGUAAAAAUUCGCGGACUGCUCAAUACAAUCUUAUCAACCCAAUGUUUAUUCUUUGAGAUAAUAUGUAUUUUCUCGUUUAUUUUGAAAGUGAAUGAGCAAGCUGCAUGUACAAAAUUCUUCGGGUACUAUUGUGCAGCUGUAACAUGAAACAAUAUGAUCACAGGGCAUUUUGUUAUUCUUUCUUUCCUUUUUAGUGGGGUGUAUGUAACUGAACUUUUCAAAAUCACAAUUAUUUUGAAUGAGCGAUGAUGAUGUUAUAUAAAUAAAAAACAGGACCAGACAUGUAUGAUAUUUACGGAUUUAAAUAAAGUCUAAUUUGCAGACUUUCUUGCUUGCAAAUUUCGAAGGGGCUCCUGCCUGUAGCUAUGCAGCAUAGCUAAGACUGAAAAUGCAUUCUGAUGUGAUACACCGCAAGCAGUAACUUAUCAAAAUGAUGUGGACGCAACCGCAUACUCGCGUAUAGGCAGCUUCGCGCCCGACAACCGUAGUUCACAUGUUAUUAAUAUACAAGAGUAAGAAUAAAUGGAUUUAGCACAUUCAUCCUAUCUAUUGUUUAUUGUUCGUAGAUAUCGAUAAGCUUAUCAAAUUUCACGUGCAUGUAAAGCAAGUAAAUACAUUAAUAUAUAGUUUCAUUAUUCAUUUUUGAAAAAUGCGAUGAGUAACACACUUGUUGGGUUGAAGUGUUUUCAGAAAACAAUAGCUUGCGCAAAAACGCAGUAAUCUAAUAAGAGAGUUACAAAUUUGGGUUUUAUCAUUAUUGAAACAGUGUGAUUACUUUGCUAGCUUUCUUUUUAUAUCAAAGCUUUGCCUAGUGAUAAUGUUGAAAUUAAUCUAACAUAUGAAAAAAAACGCAGUGACCUUAUAGGGAGUUACUGAGUGACAUGAUUAUACUUAGGUUAGUUUGAAAUCUUUGUCUGAAGUGUUUCUAAAGAUGUCGGACAAGACUGUAGAUGAUGUUGCUCCUACUGGAGACACAGUGUUAGGUGAAGAGGAAGGUUUUACAACGACAAACUCUAAAGGGAAUUUAAACAUAACUGAAAAUAUGGAGGCAAAUGAAGCAUUUAAUAUGGAUGUUAUAUCAGAAGAAAUAAAUCAAACUGAGGCUACGAGAAGUCAUGUUACCACUAAAAACACUGAUCAAAACACUAAUCAGGAAUUAUGUGAAGACACAAAUGCAGCAACAGAAAACGUAACAACUGAAUCACAUGAAACCUGUGGUGAAGGUGAAGCGAUAGGUGGCUCUGAGGAGACAUUAUGCAAACCAUGUCAGCCUUGUCUGGAAAAUGAUAAAGUAAUCGACUCUAUGCUAUACUGUAUUGAAUGUGAGGAAUAUUUAUGCGAGAAAUGUGUGGAAAUGCAUCGAGGCGUUAAACUUAGUAAAAAGCACAAACUUGUUCCAAAAGAAACACCAGACGAACAUGGAAAAGAAUUGAAGAUAAAUAAAAAAGAAGAAUGUCCUAUUCACUUAAAUGAAUUUAUAGAAUGGUUUUGUAUAUCAGAUGAUAAACUCUGUUGCCCAAUUUGCAAAGCAACAGAACACAGUAGAUGUCAAAGUUUAGUUGCCAUUAUAAGUGUCGCGAAAACUACGGAGAUACAAACGAUUACGCAGGAGAUUACAGAAACACAAAUUAAACUGAAACAUGCAAUUGACAAAAAGAGAACAGACAUCACAUUUCUUGAAGAGGAUAGGAAUGAUUCAUUGCGUGUGUUAGAGAAAAUAAAAAUAGAUACUGAAAAUACUUUUGAGAGAUUAAGUCUUUCACUCAAUAAAGAAAACCAGAAAAUUGAAGCAAAGUACACGGAACAAAAUGAAGACCUCAAAACUGAUAUUGAACAUUAUUCGAAAAUUGCUGCAAACUUAGAUACAACGCUAGCAGUCUUGCAGAAAGAAAACAUCUGCGAUGAGUACAAAUUUAUUCAAAUGAAGAAAACCGAAGUACACCUGAAAUCAGUUCAAAACACUAUCUCAAACGACACGUGUAAACCUUUAUCUACUCCAAUAGGUUAUGAAAGAGAUAAACUGUACAACGAAAAACUAACCGCCUUUGAGAGAUUUGGCUAUUUUGAUGACGACAAAAGUCUAUACAGUUCCUCGGAACCAACGAAGAUAAACGUUUUACAGCGUUUGGAGACAAGUACUUUAAUAUUUGGCGUAUGCGUGGUAGGAUGCGAAAUGAUUUUAAUUACAGACUGGACAAAUCGUGCCAUCAAGCUUGUUGACACGUGCAAAGGAAGUAUAAAAAGCAAACUUGACGUUCAAUCAAAUCCGUUUGGAAUCUGCAAUUUAGAAGAAGGUGAAAUGUAUGCUGUAACCCUUACUUCGCGUAAUUUGAUCUUGUUAAUCGAAGUCGGGAAAGAUGGACAUAUGAUAACCAAAACGUCAUUUGGGACAGGCGAACACUGCCGUGGAAUUGCACAUUGCAGUUCACGGCUAUUUGUAGCGUGCGGUGGUCAAGACAAUGAAGGACCUGGACAUAUUAGAAUUUUUGAUGUGAAUGGGAAACUACAGAAAACAGUAAUGUCUGACAAAUCCGGAUAUGCAGUUGUUACAUGUCCAUGGAAAAUUGAACAUAUGCCUGGAAAGAACGUCAUGCUGAUAACUGAUACCAAAAUUCUAUCGUAUAUGGACUCUUCAGACAACGUUAUCCAACUGGCAAAGGAUAUCCCCGUAUAUCCGAGAUGGGCUUCUCUAUGUUUUGAUCCAGAAGGCCGAGUUAUGAUUGACGAUCGUGUUUCUAAAUGUAUAAAACUUGUUUCAAGCGAUUAUCGCCUAGUGCAGACAAUUGUCGCAGAUUUGCCAGAAUUGCCGGUUGCAAUAGCUUUCGAUAGCUCAAAUUUUAAACUGUUCAUUGCAAUGGAAAAUAUUGAUGAUUUGUACUGUUUCCAGAUCGAACGGAACAAUUGGGAUAAACCGGCAACAUUUUUUUAAAAAGUCGGGACCAU